CCAUGCUGAAAUGUGACGUAGGAACAUGGCGCUUUGGAGGAAAGGUGUUGCCUGAGAGUUGAUUCUAAUUAUUUUGAAUUAAUUUAUGAUUGAAAUGCCGGUUGUAUAUAUGUAAAUAUGAUUGUUCACAAAGGGUAAUGGAACCUUUUUGUAUUUUUGGACAAUGAACCGGCAAUCUUGUAGGCACUGAUAGCGUUGUUGCUACUGUACUUGUAGCUAGCUACCUAAGCCAGCCUGCUAUUUAGCUAGCGACAAAUAGCUAGCUAGCUGGCUAGGAGGACAUAGCAAAACAAGCAGGAAAAUGUUGGUGUUGAUGCAUCCCGUAGCUAGCUAUGUAUUAAACCUAUGAUAAAUGAAUGUAGUAUUAUAUUUAAUUUAUUAGCAUUUCGUUAUACAUCGAAGAUUCUGAUUAGUUUGUGUGUUAGCAAAGCUAGCAAAAAGGAUGGAGAACCGUCAUGGAUUUGUUUUGUUGCUGACAACUGGAAUCCUUCAGUCGGCAAUAUUGCUGUCCGAAUGUGCCCCGCUUCCGUAUUCUGACACAGGGGAGCCCGGUGGAGGGGCGUCCAUCUCGUCACACAUCGCCGUGGUGGUGUCGCUGGUGGCCCUCGUGGCCAUGCUGGUGCUGUUAGUAAACUGCAUGACCUGCUGCAAAGAACGCGAGAUCAAUUUCAAGGAGUUUGAGGACAACUUUGACGAUGAGGUGGACUUCACCCCCCCCGCCGAGGACACUCCUUCCAUGCAGUCCCCGGCCGAGGUGUACACCCUGGCCGUCCCCCCAGUGGCCCUGCCCGGACCCCCCCACCUCCAGCCCCCGGCCCGCAUCUCGGAGGGCUCAGCGGGAUCGCAGUUGGCUCGACAUAGUCUCAGCUACAUCCAGGAGAUUGGAAACGGUUGGUUUGGCAAGGUCCUCCUCAGCGAGACAUACACAGAUCCGGGCGCGGCCCGCGUGGUUGUCAAGGAGCUAAAGGCAAACGCCAGCGCCAAGGAGCAGAAUGACUUCCUACAGCAGGGAGACCCUUAUAGAGUCCUGCAGCACCCCAACAUCCUGCAGUGUCUGGGCCAGUGUGUGGAGGCCAUCCCCUUCCUGCUUGUCUUUGAGUACUGCGAGAUGGGAGAUCUGCGAAGCUACAUGUCUCAGCAGGAUUGGAUGUUCAGAAAUGCUGAGCUGCUCCAGGUCCAGAAGAUGGCCUGUGAAAUAGCUGCCGGUGUCACUCACCUUCACAAACACAACUUCCUGCACAGUGAUCUGGCGCUGAGAAACUGCUAUUUGACAGCUGACCUCACAGUCAAAGUAGGGGACUAUGGCAUUGGACCGUACAGAUACAAGGAGGAUUACGUCAUCACGGAAGACGAUGUGUCUGCGCCCCUGCGCUGGUUGGCUCCAGAACUGGUGGGCGAGCGCCAUGGGGGCGUCAUCACCAUGGAGCAGACCAAGCCUGGCAACGUGUGGGCCCUGGGCGUGACUCUGUGGGAGCUGUUUGAGAAUGCGGCCCAGCCCUACUCACACCUGUCUGACCGGAAGGUCCUGAACCAUGUGAUCAGGGAGCAGCAGAUCAAACUGUUCAAGCCACAACUGGAGCUGCCAUACUCUGACAGAUGGUAUGAGGUGCUGCAGUUCUGCUGGUUGUCAACAGACAAGAGGGCCACUGCCGAGGAAGUCCACCGGCUGCUUACCUACCUGCGCAUGCAGGGCCAGAAGGAUGUGGAGGAUGACUUUGAGCAGCGCUGGGACUCCCUGAAGCCCAACCCCACAACCCGGCAGACCACAGUCAGCCACUCUUCCUACCCCAUCCUGGAGCAGUUCUCUGACGACGCCUUGCGGCCGGAGAUCGACGAAGUGCUCACCGUUACCGAGACCAGCCGGGGCCUUAGCUUCGAGUAUGUCUGGGAAGCUGCUAAGCACGAUCAUUACGACAGCAGCCAUGGCCGCUCCGCCAUGGACACCACACUCAACUACCACAGCAUGUUCUUCCCCGUCCCCAGUGAGGAUAUCCAGGCACAUUUUCCUGACCCUGCGGGCAGGACAGGGGGCACCGAGACAGGGCACACCCCCUCGGGGAUCCCUGGGAUUCUUCCCGUAAUUGACGCUCAAAAGCCCUCCAAUGGAAAUGAGUAUUACAUCCAGUUAGAGGAGCAAGGCGAGAGCAACGUUGAGGGGAAUGACAACACGACGUCGGACACAAUUUCGGACAGACAACAGUUUGUUGUUCUCCAGAAUGUCCGCCUGGAUGAGUCGAGCACGGAUGCAGAUUUUUUCAACCGCAGCAUUGACUCCAAGGACUCGUUCUUACAGGACAGCCACAUUUGGUCCUCCAGUGAUCACGAGAGUCCCUACCACCCCAACAUCUUCAGCGAGAGCGACUCCAGACAGGAAAUUUCACAAUCCUGGGACAAGGAUUUCAUGGAACUGCCAGAGCUUAAUGGGAAUGAGCAGGAAGCAACUUCAGAAGGCGUGUCCCAGUGGGAGAACAAAAGCUUUGGAGAUUCUUUUUUAGGGGAACGUUCAGAAGCCAGUUAUCCACACGAUUCCCUGGAGGAGGACUCCCAGAAUGUGAUGAAGCUUCUGAACACAGAGAAAUUAGCUGACAACUUCCUGUUCCUCAAAGAGAAUAGUCUAAUGAAGGACAGCUCUGGUUCUUCAGGGAGAAGCAUGAGUGUGCAACCAGACUUCCUUCAACCUGGCCUAGUCCACGAUCCAGAGAACAGCUUCAAAAUGAGUUCCUGGGAUAACCUUGUAACCUUAGAUGGCUUGAACAUAGCAGAGAGCCACUUAAAAUCAACAGAGAGUCCCCUAACUCCAAAAGAGGAACUUUUUGAUUUGAUCAGUCCCAGUCUGGGGGAUGUCCCUCACUCUUUGGUAGAAAAUGAAACACUGGUGCCUUUGAAUACACUGGCUUCAGAAGAAAUUGUUAGCACACAGCUGCCAGUUAGACACAGCUCUUCUAGCAAUGACUUUGGUCUGCUUAAUUCAUCUGAUAUGGGGGAUGAUUCUGCAGUGGACUGGACCUCAGAGAAGGCUGAGGUCCCUUUUAAUCCGUACAGUACUUACCAGUCUGAAAGUGCCACGGUCAACCUUAUGUGCACAGAUGCCAAAAAGCCCAGCCUUGAAGAUCGCCUUGGACCAUUAGACGGUAGCGUUCAGUCCAUUGGAUUCAAAGAACCAGCAGACUUUCAAGGCUCCACAUCCCCCUCUGCUUAUGGCAGUUUGGCUGUUGUUGAAUAUUCCCACAGUGAAGGCCUAACCAGCGACGACGUUCUUAGCGAACUGAUUGACGACACAGAGGUAGAAAUGGACACUGUCCUCUCUGACAAUGAGGAACCGUUAAAGGAUGAUGGUGCACCUCCAUUAAGGUCCUCUCUCUUGGUGUCAGGCCCAUCUAUGGACCAGAUCAGUCAGGACAGCCUAUUGGAAGACAGUAUCUCCACAACUCUUCCAACUGUAGAGAAUUCAGCCAACACUCCAGAUUCCCUGGACUCUUUUGAUCUUCACAGGCUAGAUGGACAGGUAGAUCUGAACACCCCCAUAGCACCUCACAAGCUCCAACCCCCAUACAAAACUGCGGACAGUGGCUAUGAAACAGAGAACCUAGAGUCUCCAGAGUGGAACUCCCAGCCCAUUGUCAAAGAACACUCCAUAGAAGAAAAUGAUGCGAGUAUUCCAGAAGAGGAGAAAGAAGCAGCACCUGUGGUUUCUACUGCCCUGGUUCCCCCAGAAAUCAUAGUCUCUGAGGUGGAGAGUAUUCCGGAAGUUCAGGACGAGGACAAUAGCACUGAUGCUCAGCAGCCCGAGCCUGUGGCCCUGGGUGAUGAACCUUUCAUGGGUGGCAGCUACAGGGACUCCGCCUACUUUUCCGACAACGAGUCUGAGCCUGAAAAGAAGUCUGAGGAGACCAAUGGGGCAAGCUCUGCUGAAGUGUCUUGGUUGAGGAGUUCCCCUACUGAUGAUGUCAGUGGUGACACUGGAGGGCUAUCGGCUUCACCUAAGGAUCCUGAAGAAGGUCUUUUUGGGAACACUUUAGCGUCACCUCUAGAGUCUCUGGCACCUACAGAAUCCCUGUUGGAUGUUGGAGGGAUAGACGUUAAGCCUCUUUCCCAGGGGGAGAGUGGUUUGCCUGAGCUUGUCCUUACUUCAGAGGAAGACGGGGAGAAGGCGGUGCCUGUGUCCAUCGACAGCAAUGAGGAAGAGACACACAGACUCGAGGUAUUGCCAGAUGUUGUGUCCUCGGCUCAGUCUGAGGUCAGCAAACCUUUCGAUGAUGUGACCACAUCUGCCGCUGCUUCAGUAAAAGCCCUGCCUGAGAACAUGGUUCAUGCAAAGCUAACCAGGACGUACGCUAGCGAUUGCCCUAAGCUUAAGGAGCCUGAGAUGGAGGGGCUGUACCUGGGCAGGCGGGACGGCUCUGGCACAGACGGACAGGAGGACGGGAUGGAGGCCGACGAGGAGGACGAGAACAGUGACGAGUCGGAUGAUGACAUGCGGGCGUAUCGGCUGCACAGCUCCAGCUCAGAGAGCGAGGACGACACUGUGCACCCGGUGCCUGUUAUUGUGUCAGAUGACAGCAGUGCGCGAAACUUGAAGAGCCUGUUGAAGCCCACCAGCCUGAACGUUGCUUCUGAACCCACUACGCCACCAGAGGCCCAAAGUGCACACAUCGCCAAGAGAGCUGUAUCCUUCUUUGAUGAUGUCACGGUUUACCUCUUUGACCAGGAGACCCCCACCAAAGAGCUUGGUGACCACUCAUCAGGCUCCAACAGUCAGGUGUCUGAGUUCAGCAGUCCUGUGCCCUCUGCCAGCUAUCUGAACAGGUUUGCCAACUCUGAAAGCUCCACCGAUGAAGAAGGUGGAGGUUUUGAGUGGGAUGAUGACUUCUCCCCAGAGGCUUCCUUCCUCUCCAAGGCAGCUAAAGACCUGGCCCAAGCUAAGGUCAUGCCCUCAUCUGCUGCCUCACGUUACUUCUCCCCUCCCCCUGUGGGCCGCACUCCAGAACCCAGCUGGGCUACCUCCUCUUCCAACUAUUCACGCUUCUCCAUCUCCCCGGCCAGUAUCGCUAACUUCUCCCUCACACACCUCACCGACUCGGACAUCGAACAAGGAGGCAACAGUGAAGAUGGAGAGAAAGACUAGAGUCUACCGGACUGGACUGUUUCCUCUAACUCUGAAAGGGAACAGACCCAGAUUGAGACUGAUGCGAGCCAGGUGAAUUUAGGACAACCAAACAGACUCACUACAUGAUUGGUGGUUUGGAUGCUUCUCAGGCAGAACAUGCUCUUUCCUCACAGGGGUGGCCAUGAAGAGGACUAUACACAAACUGAGCUAUAGGCUUUUUCCAGACAGUUAUAUCUCCAGUCCCACCCCUUAACUACUAUUAGCAAAUAAGACUGUCCACCCUCUGAGCCACAUCAGCCAUUGACAUACAUCAGUGUGUGGUAUCCUAACAGUGCAAUUCAACAGGAAAAACAAGAUACCAAUGGAUCUAGCUUUUCCUUGUUCUCUUCAAAGACUUGUGAAGCUUAUUCCAUUAUUAGUUUUUGUCCUUGGUUUUCACGCUCCUCGUUAGGAGAUUUGGUGUCACCAAAAAUACUUAAGUUAUUUUUUUUUUUUUUUUGAAGACCUGAACCAUUGAACUGAAAGAUGAGCUCAGCCAGCCUGUGUCUGCUGCCAAAUAUGAAUAAGCUCUUUGUAUUCGGCAGACUAAAAAGGUACGUGGAUGUUGAAACACUGCUUUGUAUUGUGCGUUUAUUACGGUAGUUGCCUUUUUGGAACAUCGUCUUUGUGAUUCUACGCCUCUCGUCAGGGCCAUUGAUGGUCUCCUCAUUGGAGAGACAUUGGAGUAUGUACAUUAAGCUUCUACAGAAGCUCUUGGAUGGAAAUGGGGGUGGAGUUAGAAUCUUGAGAACCUCUUUGGCGUAUCUUUCACUAACUCACACCGUAUUGAUACUGGAGACAACAGAGCGUUGAUGCUAUAGGAACAGUCUUUUGACACAUACCUAGCCUUACCAGUAUGAUCAAUCACCUUUUUGAAGGAAAUUUAUUCGAGCUCCAUUUGUAAUUUAUUGGAAUAGGAAAUACUUUCGAAAGAGCCAUGGUCUGAGUGAUUGACAUGGCUUUAUAUGAUUCAUAUUUGUCCAAAAGGUUUGGUCUUGAGUGCCUAUUGUACUGCAGACAUAGUGUCUUUCCAUCACCACUGAGACAGGACUCGGAAACACAAGCUUAGUCAUUUAUGUGUUUUAUUCCAAGAGAUGGUAAUUAAAAUAAUUGUCAGAAUGCGGUAAUGUAAAAUGAUUGUUGAGGUGUUUGUAAAACAAAUGUG